AGUGAGAGAGACAGAAGCUGUGGGAGGGGUGGGUGUAGGUGCCGGCAGCGCAUGGAGUGUGUGCUGCGGCUUCCUGGGCUAUCCCGGGCCAGUGCGCCAGAGGCCCAUCCCUCCUGGCGGCCGCUGGAGGUGUGCCCUCCUGUUCGUCUGCCAGCAGACCUUGGGCAGGGACCUCUGUGUGCCCGGCGCAGACCUGUGUGUGCCCAGUGGGGACCUGUGUGUGCCUAGCAGGGCCACGGGAUCUUGGUGCAAGAUGCAGGUGGUAGAGGUGCCUACCUCAGGGUGCAGCUGGUAGGGUGGGGAGGGAGGCCCGACGCUGGCUGCCUCCUUCCCACGCACGCAGCACGAGGCGGUGUCCAACCUGCGGAAGGCCAAGCAGGGCUACUUUCAGCGGUGCGAGGACCACAACAAGGCUCACCUCCUGGUGUCCAGGGCUGAGGAGGAGCAGGCGGGCACUGGGCCUGGGGCAGGGGGUGCGGCAUCCAAGACCCUGGACAAGCGGCGGCGUGUGGAGGAGGAGGCCAAGAACAAGGCGGAGGAAGCCAUGGCCACGUACCGCACAUGCGUGGCGGACGCCAAGACGCAGAAACAGGAGCUGGAGGACACCAAGGUGACAGCGCUCCGGCAAAUCCAGGAGGUCAUCCGGCAGAGUGACCAGACCAUCAAGUCGGCCACCAUCUCCUACUACCAGAUGAUGCACAUGCAGACAGCCCCGCUGCCCGUGCACUUCCAGAUGCUGUGCGAGAGCAGCAAGCUGUACGACCCGGGCCAGCAGUAUGCCUCCCACGUGUGCCAGCUGCGGCGCGACGAGGAGCCAGAUGUCCGCUACGACUUUGAGCCCCACGUCUCCAACACCUGGUCCCCCGUCAUGCGUGCCCGGAAAGGCAGCUUCAACGUCAGUGAUGUCACAGGCACGGAGGCUGCGGGCAGCCCCCCAGAGGAAGGAGGGCCCAGCGAUGGGGCGCUUGCCAAGGGGAGCAGGGAUGUGCCUCCUCCCACAGGUAGGCGCGGGCACCAGCCGCACAAGUCCUGGCCCAUCUCCGUCUCGGACUCUGACGGCAGCCUGGACCCCAGCCCCGGCUCAGGGGACUUUAAGAAGUUCGAGCGGACAUCGUCCAGUGGCACCAUGUCAUCCAGUGAGGAGCUGGCGGACCCAGAGGGCGGCGCAGGGGUGUCCGCCUUCGAGCAGGCCGACCUCAACGGCAUGGCCCCCGAGCUGCCAGUGGCUAUGCCCAGUGGCCCCUUCCGCCACAUGGGGCUGUCCAAAGCGGCCCGUACCCACCGGCUCCGAAAGCUGCGCACGCCAGCCAAGUGCCGGGAAUGCAACAGCUAUGUCUACUUCCAGGGUGCCGAGUGCGAGGAGUGCUGCCUGGCCUGCCACAAGAAGUGCCUGGAGACCCUGGCCAUCCAGUGUGGCCAUAAGAAGCUGCAGGGCCGCCUGCAGCUCUUCGGCCAGGACUUCAGCCGAGCUGCCCGCAGAGCCCCCGACGGCGUGCCCUUCGUCAUCAGGAAAUGCGUCUGUGAGAUCGAGCAGCGGGCCCUGCACACCAAGGGCAUCUACCGGGUCAACGGGGUGAAGACGCGUGUGGAGAAGCUGUGCCAGGCCUUCGAGGCUGGCGAGGAGCUGGUGGAGCUCUCCCAGGCCUCGCCACACGAUAUCAGCAACGUGCUCAAGCUCUACCUGCGCCAGCUGCCUGAGCCGCUCAUAUCCUUUCGGCUCUACCAUGAGCUUGUGGGGCUGGCCAAGGACAGCCUGAAGGCUGAGGCUGAGGCCAAGGCGGUGUCCCGGGGCCGGCCGGACGUGGCCGAGAGCGAGGCUGCGGCCGUGGCCAUGGCUGGCCGGCUGCGGGAGCUGCUGCAGGACCUGCCCCCGGAGAACCGGGCCUCACUUCAGUACCUGCUGCGGCACCUGCGCAGGAUCGUGGAGGUGGAGCAAGACAACAAGAUGACCCCGGGGAACCUGGGCAUCGUGUUUGGGCCCUCGCUGCUGCGGCCGCGGCCCACCGAGGCCACCGUGUCCCUCUCCUCGCUUGUCGACUAUCCCCACCAGGCCCGCGUCGUGGAGACCCUCAUCACCCACUACAGCCUGGUGUUUGAGGAGGAGCCCGAGGGGGUGCCCGGGGGCCAGGAUGGGACGUACAACCAGCAGGCUGAGGUGGUGGUCCAGAUGCCGUACCUGGAGGCGAGUGAGGGGGCUGCCUUCCCCCUGCAAGAGGUGGCUGAGGAUGGGGGCCAAGGAUCCCGCGUUGCCUCCAAUGACUCUGACUCUGACCUGGACGAGGCCUCGGGGCUGCUGUCCCCGGCAGGCGGGGCCACCCUGCACCGCCUCAGCUUCCUGGAGAAGCAGGGCAGCGAGGCCGGCACGGAGGGGAGCCGAGGCAGCUGCAGCGGCAGCGAGGAGCGGCUGGAGGCCGUGGCCGGGCUGGGCGGGGACGGGGACGGGGACGGGGCGGGUGAGGGCGAGGACCUGGCCCAGCCGCUCUCCGAGUACAACACCAACCAGAACAACAGCGUUGCCGGGGCCUGGCUGCCUGCCAUGAGGCUCCGCAGGGGCAGGUGGGCUGCGGUGGGUGCUGGCCAGGACAGGUGGCUGGUGUUCGUCUAGCUGGGGCGGGCCCAGUUCCCGUCCCCGUGGGCAUCCCUGCGCCCGGCCACGUCGUCCUGGGCUCUGUGGCCGGAGCUCUCAGGCUGCGCGUCCACUCACCGGGGGGCCUCCCUGCCACCCGCAGUGAGGGCAGCACCGGCCACCUUUUCCAGAGGCUUCCAGGAGCUCGUAUCCCUGUGCCCCUGUGCCUGGCAGGCCCGCUUGGCCAAACUGGAGUUACUCCGGGGCUGUGUGGACGGGAAAACAUCCCUGCUGAGCGACCCCUUUCCUUGGGCCCAGCCACCCGUCCACCACAGGCUCUGUCCUGGCCUCAUGCCGCCAGGCCGUGGCAGCCACACUGGGUGGGCUGGCGGUGGCUUCAAGACGCCCUUGCUUUUGUGGAGAACUGGGAUUGGACCCCUGGGCCUUAGGUACAGGGUUAGUGCCUUCUCAGGCCACACUGUGGUUCUUUGACAUGCAUUUAUUUUGCUUAAAAUAAAGUUUUUGACCUGG